AUGAAUAAACAAUAUACAAAGGGGUUAGCUGUGAAGGCUGACAUCGACGAAUGUAUCACAAGUAAUGGUGGCUGUGAACAAAAUUGCACCAACACUCUCGGGUCGUUCGUAUGUGCCUGUCAGAAAGGCAUGGUUCUUCAACGCGAUGGAUUGUCAUGUGCAUACGACUACGACGAAGUUCUUCGUCUUUCGUUGCUCUUUUACGAAGCUCAGCGUUCCGGUAUGCUACCAGCAGACAAUCGCGUUCCGUGGAGAGGCGACUCGGCUACUGACGACGCCACGCCAAAUGGCGAAGACUUAUCUGGUGGUUACUACGAUGCUGGGGAUCAUUUAAAACUCGGUUUACCCAUGGCGUAUAGCGCAUCUGUACUAGCAUGGGGCUUCAUUGAGUUCGAGAAUGCGUACGAGGCCGCGGGCCAGGUUGACAACAUGCUGGCCUGUCUGAAAUGGUUCUCGGAUUAUUUCAUAAAAUGUCACGCUCAGGAACACGAGUUCUACGCACAGGUUGGCUUAAAACAAAGCGACCACGAUUACUGGGGGCGUGCAGAGGAAAUGACCAUGGAGAGACCAGCAUUCAAAGUAAACGAAACUAACCCCGGGACUGAUGUUGUAUGUGCUACCGCCGCUGCUAUGGCUGCAAUUUCAGUAGUUUUCAAGGACAGAGACCCAUUCUACGCUGCUACACUUGUUACACAUGCAGAACAGUUAUACGAGUUUGGCGACAACUUCCGAGGAUAUUACUCGAACAGCAUAGUCGAUGCGGCCGAACUUUAUAAGUCAAUCAGCUAUAUGGACGACCUAUGUUUUGCGGCGUGCUGGCUCUAUUACGCAACCAAUAAACCCACGUAUCUAACGCAAGCAAUUGACAUACUGAAUAGCGAACCAACGGGCAGACCGUAUUCGUUUGGAUGGGGUGACGUCACUGCUGGGUACAGGUUGUUGGUACUGAAAUUGACUGGCGAUACAAGAACUUAUAAAGGUUUGAUCAUUGAUAAGUUUCUAACUGAAUGGCAACCCGUGAUCGGCGAUCUGCCAUACUCUCCGAAUGGAAUGGUAUUCCGCCACGAGUGGGGCUCACUUAGAUACUCAACUUCGACAGCCUUUAUCGCGUUGUCUCUUGCCGAAGCCGGACCAAAGCGCACACUGUACAGGAAAUGGGCCAAAGGGCAAGUUGACAUCGCUAUGGGCAGUACAGGACGAAGCUUUGUGGUUGGUUUUGGGUCAAAUCCACCAACUCAACCACAUCAUCGAGGAAGUUCGUGUCCGGAUCUCCCAGCAUCAUGUGAUUGGCCGGAAUAUCGUUCAACUGAUCCCAACCCAAAAACUUUAUAUGGAGCGCUUGUUGGUGGACCCGGUGAGAACGACGAAUACUCGGACAAACGUGACAACUAUUAUCAAAACGAAGUGACUCUAGAUUUUAAUGCUGGAUUCCAGUCGGCCGUUGCAGGUCUACGUCAUUUGCAACUGAUUGGUGAAUAUCCAGGAGCUGACUAGAAUGAUUCGGUAAACGUUUAAUGG